AUGGCGCGCAAUGCAGAGAGGGCGAAUGCAGUCCUUAACAAGUGGCUGGCGGUGAAGAAUGCCGUUCUCAAGGGUGGCCAGCAGAAGGCUUUGGGGCCGUGUAUUCCAGAGGAAUGCGAUGAUAUCGAGAGGGCCACACAGUGGCGGAGCCAGCUGGUGCGGGAGAUCGGCAGGGGUAUUUCUAUGAUUCAGGAUGCCUCUCUGGGUGAACAUCGCAUCAGGGACUUGAACGAUGAGAUCAACAAGAAGCUCAGAGUGAAGCGACGCUGGGAAUAUCGUAUCAAAGAACUUGGAGGUGCAGAUUACUCAACGGCUUCGGACGCGUUGUCUCUCAGCGGGGUUGCGGCUGCUGGAGGCGAUUAUUAUUACUUUGGAGCAGCAAAGGAACUUCCCGGCGUGCGGGAACUGUUUGCUGCAAAGGCUGAGGAAGUAAACGAGCCCAGGAAGACUCGUGCACAGCUCUUGAGGCGGAUAACUCCGGAUUACUUUGGUUGGAGAGACGAAGAGAAUGAAGACUUGCUACUUGCCGAGCAGCAGCAGGAGCAGUUAUGGCAUCAGGAACAGCAAGAGGAAUUGAAACAGCAACAGGAAUUGCUAGAACGCGUCGGGGCAGCAUCAGCAGCAGAUGUUGCUGUAGGAAUUGCCGCCGCAGCUGAGAGGGAAAGGACAACGGCUAAGCAUAAAAAAGACGACCAGGUAGAAACCAGAACGUUUGCACAGGACAACAACAGCAGCUCCAGCAAAAAGUUUCGGGUUUAUGUAGACCUUCCAACGGACGCAGAGAUCGCGCGUUUGCUACUGGAGAAGAAAAAACAGCUCAUUGUGCAAAAGUACGCGAGUGUACAGGCUCAACAGGAAGAACAGGAAACCCGCCGACUCGUCGCUCCGCCUGAUUAA